CAGAUUCUCUUCAGAGACUCACACUGAGUGGCAGAUCGUGUGAAGGGCAAAGGAUCAGGCUCCUUGACUUGAUUCCUCAUUCUUGAUAUAUUGAAAGAGUCCUCGAGAAGCAACUGUUCCUCUCUGAGGAAGGAAACUGGCCUGAUUUACCAAAACAAGAAGUAAUCUACGUGAGCCCAAGAUGAGUCAGGAUGGACCCUGAAGCUGUGCAGCUGGAGAAGCGGCAUGUGCACAGUGUGUACGAGAGCACGGCCCCCUACUUCAGUGACCUGCAAACCAAAGCCUGGCCGCGCGUCCGCCAGUUCCUGCAGGACCAGAAGCCAGGCAGCCUCAUCGCCGACAUCGGCUGUGGAACUGGAAAGUAUCUUAAAGUGAAUAGCCAAGUUCAUACUCUGGGCUGUGACUACUGCGGGCCUCUGGUAGAGAUUGCCCGGAAUAGAGGGGGUGAAGUCAUGGUGUGUGACAACCUUAAUCUCCCCUUUAGGGACCAGGGCUUCGAUGCCAUCAUCUCCAUAGGAGUCAUACAUCAUUUUUCUACAAAAGAAAGAAGAAUUAGAGCAAUAAAGGAAAUGGCCAGGGUCUUAGCUCCUGGUGGCCGGCUGAUGAUUUAUGUUUGGGCGAUGGAACAGAAGAACCGGCACUUUGAGAAACAGGAUGUGCUUGUGCCAUGGAACAGGGCGCUCUGCUCCCGGCUGCUGUCAGAAUCCCACCAGUCAUGGGGCCAUCAGUGUGGGCAUCCCAUGAGCCAAGGCUACGAGGGCCCUGCUUCCGCUUGCCGCUGUGCUGUGUGUUUUAAGGGCAGAUGUGACUCCAAGCGGUCCCACAGCAUGGACUAUGGUCCUGCGGUGGCCAGAACCUGCUGCGAAGCUAUUUCAAAGGAAGGAGAGGAAGAGAACGGAUUAUAUAGCAAUUUUGGAAAAUCCUUUCGCUCUUGGUUUUUUUCCAGGUCUUUGGAUGAAUCAACCCUGAGAAAGCAACGUGAAAGAGUCAGGCCUGUGAAAACCCCAGAGGGUUGGACCAAUAGCGCUGUGUCCCGCCAGCCUUCCAGACAGCCUGGCUUAGACUUACAUGCUCAGGAGCGGUUUUUAACAAAAGGAGCGAACUUUGAUGAGGUGUUCAUGGACACAUCUUCUCAAAGACACUUGGACUGGCUGGGAACACCCGGCAAGUCAGAUGACAUCAGUGGACACAAGGGAGGAGAGAGCAGGAGGCAGGAGGGGGGCGAUUUUCUGGACAUCACUGAUACUGGGGACAGUGUGGCUGCAAGUAACGGCAGUGGGCCUUCCGCCAGAAAAACAUUAAAGAGGGUUUCUGCGUUCGAUUCCACGGACUCCAACUCAGAAGACCCAAGCUUUGUGGAAGGGCAACGGGAUGCCCCGGAUUCCAAAGCCUUCAUGCGUUACUACCAUGUGUUUCGGGAAGGUGAACUGUCCAGCCUGCUGCAGGAGAGUGUAUCUGAGCUGCAGGUUCUGAGCUCCGGCAAUGACCACGGAAACUGGUGCAUCAUUGCAGAAAAAAAGAGGAGCUGGGAUUAACUACAUCCCUCAAGGCAGAGGCUACAAUGAUGUCCCAUCAUCUGCUCAGUGGGGCUGAUGUGGGUACCAACGGGGCUGAUGUGGAAUCAGCAGCAGCAUCCUGCUCCAUUGCUUUCAAACCCAGGUACAAGUUGGUACUUGAGCACUUUGCGGAGUCUGGCACUUAUUGCUUCUGCUACAGGAUCUGGUGAUGUUUCAAUAACAGGAUCUGAGGAGCAAUAGAAAAUGAACUUAAGUAGAGGUGUGAACUUAAUCCUCCCAAAGAUGAAAUUAUUCUAAUCUGUAUAUACCAAGCGUCAGUAUUAUCUUUUGGCUUUUAAAUAUUCUGCUCUUAAAUAUACCUUUUUAAAGCAGUAUUUUUUUUAAAUAAAUUAUGUUGGUUCUCAGGUAGUUACUUAGAUCUCUGUGGAAGGUAACAAGGACACCUGUUCUGUUACUGGGCGUGUGUUUGAGGUUUGUGGUGGGGGUGUCUUGUUUCCUGACUUUGUUGCUAACUACAUCAUGCCUUCUAGUAUUGCACAGACUCUCUAAAUGACAUGCAAACACCCUUUGGGAUGAGCAGUGUUAAUAAUUCUGUGGUCAG